AGGGAACCAGAAAAGAAUCUCAAAGACAUCCAACCAAUCCUGAAGGCCUCAGACAUUUAGAGGCACUAUAUAAACUUUACCGGCCCUGCACACACACCUGAUGAUCCACCCAUCUGAUGAGCUCUACACCUUCUUUCCCCAGAACCAGAGAGAUCAUUGUAAUCAGAGCUGAAACACUGCAGCCAUGCCUCCUCCCGGUGUGUGUCUGAACAUCAUGGAAGCCCGUCACAAACAAGACGGUUACGGGAGCAUCACCAACCCUGAGAGGUUCCUACAACAAGAUUACCAGCAGCUGAAAGAAUACUGCAGCAUCAAACUGGUGCGAUACAUCGACGACAUGUUCCCGCCUGACAAGACGUCCAUCGGUCAGGGGAUACUGAGCCCAUCCGACUUGACCCGAGUGGAGUGGCUGAGACCAGCGAAAAUUGCUCCUAAUCCAUCCUUUGUGCUUGAUGGUGUCUCCAGAUUUGACUUUGGUCAGGGAGUAAUUGGGAACUGCUGGUUUCUUGCAUCUAUUGGAGCGUUGACUUUCCAGAAUCACAUUCUUGAACAAGUUGUUCCCCUGGAGCAAACAUUCGAUGGGGACUACACGGGACUGUUUCAUUUUAGGUUCUGGAGAUUUGGGAAGUGGGUGGAUGUUGUUAUUGACGACAAGCUACCAACAAUCAACGGCAGGCUGAUCUUCGUUCACUCUAAAGAUGAAAAUGAGUUCUGGCCUGCUCUGCUGGAAAAAGCCUAUGCGAAGGUUUGUGGUUCCUACACAGACAUGAUUUCUGGGACCCCUGCAGAGGCCAUGAGGGACUUCACCGGAGGUGUCCACAUGUGCAUCACUCUGUCCAACCCCUCUUCAGCCCUGUGGGAGAUGUUGUGUAGAGCUGGCAAAUCCCGUACGCUCAUAAGCUGUGGUACACCGCAAGGGAAGACACCUGCAAACACCCUUUUACCGAAUGGACUGAUCCAGGGCCAUGCCUACACCGUCACCGGUUUCAAAGAGUUAAUGAGCCGAGGGAACCUUGUCAACCUGGUGCGUUUGUGGAACCCUUGGGGCAAAGGAGAGUGGAACGGAGACUGGAGUGAUCGGUCCUCUUUGUGGCAAACUGUGAGCUCUCAGGAUCGUGAAAUGUGUCUUUCUGUGGCUGAUGAUGGAGAGUUUUGGAUGUCCCUGGAAGAUUUCUGCAAGUUCUACCACGACAUAGAUAUCUGUGGCAUGAGUCCAGACUUCCUUGACAGUAACUCCUCUUCUCACUGGAAAGCUUCAACAUACGAGGGACGAUGGGUUGCAGGAACAACGGCCGGAGGCUGCAUGAACAACAGAGACAGUUUCUGGACGAAUCCGCAAUAUCGGUUCAAGAUUGUUGGUGCAAAUUCAGAGAACAAUGGUACAAAAAAUAUCCUGGUAACUCUCAUGCAAAAACCAGACAAGAGGAACAGACGAAUGGUGCAAAACCUUCACAUUGGUUUCUCUAUUUUUGAGGUGACUGAACAGUACAAGGCUCAGAGCGGGAAGUUCCCAGCCUCCUUCUUCAGCCGCAAUGCACCUGUUGCCCAGACUGGAACCUUCAUGAAUGCACGUGAGGUGAUGGAGUUUCUGUGGCUGAAGCCUGGAGAAUACCUGAUUGUUCCUUCCACCUACAACCCCAAUGAGACCGCCUCCUUCAUCCUGACCAUCCACUCCAAGAAUGAGACCCAGUGCUAUGAAAAUUCUGCAGACCUCGGACACGAACCAGUUGAAAAAGUCAAGCAGGUCAAGAACGGACAAGAAUGUGAAAAUAGAAAGGAAUUAUUCCGUCAAUACUCAGACAAGUAUGAUGAAGUGGAUGCUGAGCAGCUCCAGCGGCUUCUGAAUGAAAACAUCCUGAAAGGAGAUUUGAAAUCUGGAGGCUUCAGCAUUGAUGCAUGUCGCAGCAUGGUUGCGCUCAUGGAUACAUCGAUUACAGGGAAACUCAACAGUGAGGAAUUUGUGCGUCUCUGGAACAAGGUUGAGAAUUACAAGGACAUUUUCUUCCUCACUGAUGUGUCAAAAACAGGAACACUGUCACUGAGUGAGCUGAGGAAUGCAUUCAUAGCUUCAGGAAUGAAGCUCAAUGAUGACAUGCUCAACCUCAUGGCUAAGCGUUACGGCGCCUCCUCUGGUCACAUGACUCUGGAGAGCUUCAUCAGCCUCAUUCUUCGCCUGGACUGCAUGUGUAAAAUCUUCAAACAACUUUGUGAUGGAAAAGCAAUGAGUCUUCAGGAACCAGAGUGGCUGUACAUCUCAAUGUACACUUAACCAGCAGGAAAGAAGAGCGCUCACCUUCAUUUGGACUUGUUAAAGACUUUUCUGAUAUAUUUUUUUCAUAUGAUUAAAAUGCAAACCAAUGAUGUACAAAAACAUUUAACUUUUCAGGAUAUGAAAUGAAUGAAUUUUUACCACAAAAAAGCCAUAUUCUCUCUCUUUAUUAUAAAAGAUCUUUUACAACUAAAAGUGAAAAAAAAAAACAAAUGAAUAUGGAUUUAUUUUUUAUAUUAUUCAAACUUUUGUCCUGAUGAAAAUUAAUGUUGGUUUGAAGUCAAACAAACCAUCAUUAUACUGAAAUAUGUCUACUUUUGCUCUUAAAGGAUUUAUAGGGUUAUGGGAACAAUUUGAAGUCUGAUUUAAUUCUUGUCAACCUGCGUUGUCCUCAUUAUCAGUCAUAAAUAAAAAAAUAAACUGGUUGACACA